CUUAGCCCCGGUAACUGACACCUAUAAUGUCGUCAACUAAUGAUAAUUUUAACGCUGACGAGUUAAAUCCACCCGCGUGGAUGAACGAACAAUUCUUCAAGGAUAUUCUAACUCAAUAUUCUAAUGAUCCGGAUAUAAAAGUGCUUGAUUAUAACAUAUCGCCAGCAACCGCUAAAGGAGAUCAUUAUGCAAGUAUUAUGUUCCGAGCAAAUGUUGAUUACUCAACACAGGAGAAAACUCUUUCAAAGUCGUUGAUUAUUAAGACAAUGCCCGAAGAGGAAGGGCAUAAAAAAGACUUUUUGGAUGACACGCACGUUUUUCCUACGGAGAUCGCCAUGUAUACAGAAAUAUUGCCCAAGUUCGAAGAGAUACUGUCUGAAGCAGGUGAUGAGACUACUUUUUGUGCACGCUGUAUUUAUCACAGUCUGGAACCGCAUCAAGUGAUGGUUUUAGAAGACCUGGUUCCCCACAAUUAUGAAGUAAUUCGUAACCGGCCAGCAACAAUAGAAGAAAUAAAAUCUGGAAUGGGACAACUGGCAAAAUGGCAGGCAGUUAGUUUUAAGCUCCUAAAGGACCAAACAGGAUUGCUCGAUAAAAUGCAGUACGAUCUAACAACGAUGCCAAAUUUCUUGGACGAAGAUAUUAUGACCACUGGAUUUCCGAUGUUCUUGGAAGCACUGAAAAGUGUGGAAAGUUUAAAAAAAUACGUCAAGUAUUUUGAGCCUAUUAAGGAUAUUGUAAUUCCGCGCUGGGUGAAAAUAAUACGUGAAUACAGAGAGAAUCGUCAAGAAGAUGCUUACUACGUUCUAUGCCAUGGAGACUUCCAUUUAAAAAAUAUGAUGUUCAGGGGAACGGACUGCAUGUUGAUCGACUUUCAGUUGUCCUACGUAGGAUCUAUAAUAAACGAUGUGCUCUAUGCGGUAUACAUGAUCUUAAGUGCUGAGGAUCGCCGAGAUAAGCUUGAUGAACUUAUCUAUCACUAUUUUAUAACAUUUGCAAAUACAUUAGAGAAGAUUGGUUACCAAGGAAAGAAGCCUAGUUUGGUUGAAUUUCGAAAGCAGAUAUUUGACAGAAAAUAUUCUGAAAUCUUUUUGAUAAGUACAUUUUUACCAAUAUUUAAUCAUGUGCGAAAUGGAGAGCCUCUGGCAGACUUAAUGGAAAACGAAGAGUUACGUCGAAAGUUAUAUCAUACCAAGGAAUAUCUUGACGAUUUGGAGCAUCUGUUGUCUCGUAUGCUUCACUUGGGAUAUUUUGAACAAUUAGAAUGAAUUCGUUAAAUAUGGUAUAUUUAAGCGAAUGAAGCUUGGAAAAAAAUUCUGUGAAUUUAUAAGAAGGAAGGUGUAUUUUUAAGUGAUAUUAAAAGAGCUGUAACUUUCCUGCAA